UCUCCCGGCGCUAAGAUGGCGGCCAAGGCCUCGCACUCGCACGUGAAGCUGGAGGCGGAGAUCGAGCGGUGCCGGGCGGAGGGGCACUGGGGGCGGCUCCGCCACCUCGCACAGCAGCUGCUGCCGCCGCGGCCCCCGCGAAAGGCGAAGGCGGCGAGGGGCGCGCAGGACGCGGAGGACCAUGGGAGUUUGCUGCUUGCAGAGGCUCUGCUGGAGGAAUGUUUGAAGGAAAAUUUUGCCAAACUGAAGGACUCCAUUCCACUAUCAGAGAAGAGUGAGCCCAGACUGAGUGAAGCUAAACAGUAUCUGACCAAUAUCUUAAGCAGAGGGAAACUAAGGCCGAAGUAUAUGACAGAAGCUAUGCUGAUCCUAGGAAAGCUUCAUUAUGUGGAGGGAUGCUACAGAGAUGCCAUCAGCAUGUAUGCAAAAGCAGGAAUUGAUGACCUUUCAACCAAAGAGGAACCUCUGUACAUGCUGCGUUUGAUCACUGAAGCCUUUGUUAUUAAAGGUUUGUCACUGGAGCGCUCAACCAACUCAAUUGCCUCACGUGCUCGACUGUGUGAGAGGGAGGAGGAAGUCAUGGCUUGUUUUGAGAGAGCGUGUGUUAUUGCCCAGGUGUACUUGCAGGAGCUUGAGAAGACCUUAAACAACACACAUUCAAGGAUUAUCAAGGGCAGCAAUGUGACUUACUCUGAGUUUGAACUUUCCUACUUUCUGGAAGCAGCUCUACAGAGUGCCUACGUGACUCAGUUAAAAAAAGGAAAUAUUGUGAAAGGAAUGAGAAGUCUGCGAGAAAUACUACGGACUGUAGAAACAAAAGCUACUCAGACCUUCAAAAUGACUGCAGCCAAACAGUUAGCUCAAGUACUUCUCCAUUCCCUCAGUGAAGACUGUUACUGGAGCCCUUUAUCUGAUCCACUUCCUGAGUUCAUGAACAAGGAAUAUCAGUCUUAUGUUAGCAAUCUUCUUUGUCGGAGGCCUGAGCUGUACUCAGAAGAGAAUGUGUACUGCCCUCAAGACAAUGUAGAAGAGGCUCUUCUCCUCCUCCUAAUCAGUGAAUCCAUGGCAAACCGGGACGCAGUGAUCAGCCGAGCCCCAGAGCAGCAGGAUGACCGAGCUGUCAGCCUCCGCGAUGCUUCUGCAGUCUACGACCUCCUCAGCAUCACUCUGGGCAGAAGAGGGCAGUAUGUGAUGCUGUCUGAGUGCUUGGAGAGAGCCAUGAAGUUUGCAUUUGAUGAAUUUCACCUCUGGUACCAGCUUGCCCUGUCCAUGGUAGCUUGUGGAAAGUCGGCAUAUGCUGUGUCAGUGCUCAGAGAGUGUGCUAAACUGCGACCUACAGAUCCCACCGUUCCUCUUCUGGCUGCCAAGGUCUGCAUUGGGUCACUGCACUGGCUGGAAGAAGGAGAACACUUUGCUAAAAUGGUGAUAGAGCUGGGUGAGGCUGCUGGAGAGUCCCUAGCAAAGGGUUACCUGGCGCUGGGCCUGACCUACAGCCUUCAAGCUACUGAUGCUACUCUGAAGAGCACUCAGGAUGAAUUAAACAAGAAAGCACUUCAGACUUUGGAGAGAGCACAUGACCUGGCCCCCGAAGAUCACCAGAUCAUCCUCUACCUGUCACUGCAGCUGGCUCUUGUCAGACAGAUUUCAGAUGCUAUAGACCAUCUUCAAGAAGCCCUGCAACUGUGCAAAGAUGACAUGAAUUCGCUUCAUCUACUGGCCCUCCUCUUUUCAGCUCAGAAGCACUAUCAGCAUGCACUGGAUGUUAUCAACAUGGCUGUUGUUGAAUACCCAGAAAGCUUUAGCUUACUCUUCACCAAAGUAAAACUGGAAUGGAUACAUAAAGGACCUGAAGAGGCUCUGGUGACAUGCAGACAUAUGUUGCAGAUGUGGCAGAUGGUAUACAGUGUUUUACAGCACAGCGGCUCUGAGAAAGGAAGUAGCGUGACCGAAACGCCAGUAAUCAAAAAGCAUAAUGGACUGCAUCUCACUCUCCCAGAUGCUCAUGACACUGAUUCUGGAUCACAACGAGCCUCUUCCCUUGCUGCAUCAAGACUGGAACAGGCCAUGUCUGAAAUAACUAUGCAGAGCAGCACAAUGAAGCAGGGACCUGUGAAGCUCUGGACAACUCUUGAACAAAUUUGGCUACAAGCUGCUGAACUCUUCCUGGAACAGCAGCAUCUCAAAGAAGCAGGCUUUUGUACCCAGGAGGCAGCUAGUCUUUUCCCCACAUCUCAUGCUGUACUGUACAUGCGUGGGAGGCUUGCAGAGAUGAAAGGCAAUUUGGAGGAGGCUAAGCAAUUGUAUGAUGAAGCUCUCACCGUGAAUCCAGCUGGAGUGGAAAUUAUGCACAGCCUGGGCCUGGUGCUGAGCCGACUUGGGCGGAGGGAGCUGGCCCAGAAAGUCCUCAGAGAUGCCAUCCGGAUCCAGACCACCAGCCACACUGCCUGGAACAGCCUUGGAGAGGUCUUGCAGGCUCAGGGGAAAAACGAAGCAGCCAUCGAAUGUUUCCUUACUGCCCUGGACCUUGAAUCCAGCAGUCCUGUCAUUCCAUUCACCGUCAUACCCAGGGAGCUCUGAAGCUGCUCCCUGCAGCUAAGCACUUGCAUUGCCUGGACAGACACCAAAACCAAGCAGAUAAACAAAGAAAAAGCCCAAGAAAAAGUGCCAUUGUAACCUGGAACUGGGCUAAGUAAUUCCAGGACGGCACUCAGGUCUACAGGCUUAGCUUACACAAGCCAAACUGAAGAAGAAUUUGCGACAGGCAGGAACAGAGAAUGCCUUUUUCUUCCCAGGUGCCUGGCUAACCUCCUGUUCAAGUUAAUAGCAAGGCUUAUUUCAAAGUGCUGGUUCAAGGUGACUGUAGAAAGAUUGUGCUAGGGUACAGCUGUUCAAAGCACUUGCACCUUUCAGUGUUGGUUGAAAAUAGAACCCCCAAGCCCUGAACUGUAGCCCAGAAAUGCUCUAAAUAGGAGUAAAUUCACCAACUAACUUGAGCAAGUUGUGUUUAAGUAUGUGGCUGUCUCCCCACAGAUCUGACAGGACAAGAAUGACACUUGCACCAAAUAGACAUACAAUAUAUGCUGUUUACAAAAUUAUUUCAUCUAUUUUGAUAAUCCUUUUUCCUGCCUUGCUUUUAUAUACUGUAUAUGCUCACUGUAUUUAGUGUAGUACUUGCCUAGAUCAAUUUAAAAUUAAAUUUUAGUUUUAAAUUAAAAAUACUUUUUUAAAAAUAUAGCUGCUAUUGCAGUAUAACUCACAAAAGCAGUAAGACCAAAGACCAGAUCAGUUCACACUUGAACUAGUAUUAAAAACACAUAAAUAUCUCCCCUUACAUAUUUAUUGAAAGGCCUUACAUGAAGUAACUAAUUAUAAGCUCUGAGCUUCAUUCUUAUUAAUCACCUAUUGCAUCAGUUUAGCGAGGAAUAUAGUGUUUACCAGUAUAUAGUGACUGAACUCUGUGCUCUACCACGUUACCAUUCCUGGCACAAACCAUUUUCAUGUCCAUCUUUUGAUGAUGCAAAAGAAGGCAGCGGUCUUUUAAGAGAAAGCGUGCUGAAGGCAGUAUGUGUGUAUAUGGACUGCUUCUUCCUUCAAACUAAAUCCUUGGAUUGUCCAUAGAAAUUCCACAGUAGAGGUACGGAGUUGAGCCUUCAAUGGCAUCAUUUUGCAUCUCCUAUCAGGUGUAAUAGUGAGGAGCUUCUGAUCCACACAGCCUCCCCAUGGCUGGCAUGGCCAGGGAGGGGACACAGCUGGCACAGCCCCUGCUGAGCUGCUCCUUAGCUCUGUGUGACCUCCCCAGGGCCUUGGCAGUGAGGUGGAGCUGGACUGUGUUGUCGCAUGAGAGCCAGCCCUGACCAGACCAGUCCCAAGAUAAAUAUGAUGCAACAAUUUGCUGCACUUUUCUACAAAGAAUAAAAAGAGGUUGGGGCUUUGCGCCCAUUUUUGUCCAAAGA